AUGCCCCCGAAACGAAAGAGGCGCGGGUCCGCUGGUGGAGAUGCCGUGGUUCUGCCCCGGACACCGGGCCUGCGAUCCGACCUCGAAUGCACCGUCUGCGGGAAACCCGCGACGAUGAGCUGCGGUGGAUGCGCCGGGUUCUACUACUGCGAUCGGGCUCAUCAAGAGAUGCACUGGUCGUAUUUUGAUCACCACGAGAGCUGCGAGAGGACGAAGAAACAGGUGGCGAGGACGCAGGAGCUGAGGGAAGACAUCUUCUCAGCCUUCGACUGGGGCAGGCUCUCCACCGAGAUGAUUGACGAGAACGUUCACACCAGGUGCACGCUGCUGGAAAAACUCGGCGUUCACAAUGCGAAUGAAUAUCGCAGAGAGUGCCCGUGUCACGCAAAGACACCGUUCGGAAAGCUCCCGCCGGUAGCUGAUACUCGAUGUCCGCCCGGUGAGGAUCCCGUCACGAGCUGGUCCCGUGGCCUGGACGAGGCUAACUGGCAGGCAUACAAGCUUGAAAACUGGCUUGAAAAACGCGUGCCUAAUAGUAUAGAUGCUCGCGUUCGAGAGUUACGAAAGCCUCUGCCUGAAAACUGGGAUGUUAUGAUGAGUUGCAGGCUAAAAGCAUUGGUCGAACAUCAAGACGGGCCGUUUAAGAUUCCCGAGUUUGCCCCGAAGUAUCCCACUCCGAUCACGCUGCACACCGCGGCUACCAUAGAUUACGCAGUGCGGCAGCUCGCGGAUUUCCGUUGGCGUCCGCCCGAUGCCGGCCCCGAAAGGGGUGUCUGCGUCGACGUAUUGGGCGCGGAGAAGGAGGUUGAUCAGCUUGAACAAACGAUCAUCGCGCUACAUUGGCUGCACUAUAUUGACCGGCCUGUUGCCCACGGUAAAGGAGAUUUCGUUGAUCCUCCAUUCCACCUGAACCUCAUCGGGCCGGAGGUCCCAUUCGACGCGUACAAAUCAUCGACGCGUACAUAUGGUGUCACCGCGCACAUGUACAGAGGGUUGUAUCACGAGGUCAAGGGGACCAUCUGGAGUCACGCGUAUGCAAGAAAAAACUUCCUACACUCUCCACAUCGCUUGGUCUUUAUGCCCAACGCCGGCAUAGCCGCGUUUACGUCCUGGGAGCCCACCCUGAAGAUGCUCGUGAACGAGUUUGGUCCGGUAGUCAUCAUCACCGAUUACACGGAGGAGGCGGCGAACAUGGGGCUGAAGGAGUUGAAGAAGAUGGUUUUGCGAGAGAAGGCUGCGGCGAGAUGGAAUUUUUUGGAGGUGCAGGUGAACCCGUACAGGCAGCCGGUGAGCUGCAAGGGCGCCGAUAACGCGAUGCCGUCGUAUGCGAACGGGUUCAUCUUCGGAAUGAUUCCCUCGGACUUUACGUACGGAGACGGGGACGAGAAGUGCGACGAGGUACAAGUAGUCGACUUAAGUAGCGCUUAG